CUCUUACAAUCGACGAAUCUAGGUAACGAAAAAGCUCUCUGGCUUGGGUUUGUUGUUCUCUGCAACAUCUGCGUGUGAAUGGCGAGCAUCACCGAAGCAGGAUGGGAGUCCAGAUUGGAGGAUGGCGCGCCUCCAGACAACAGGCCUAGAAUCGAAUCCGGUUACGGUGGCGACAAAUCUGUUCGUGAAGGUGGAGACGAUGGAGGCAUACCUGAUUACGAUGACGACUCUGAUGACGAUUCUAAGGUGCCCAAAGAAUUAUAUGAGAUGUAUUGUAAACAGGUCAAGGAGAGCGAGUGUUUUGAUGUCAUAGACAUGGGCGAGCUCUUAUGGAUUGGUAUGGUUAAACGUCAGAAUGUUGAUCAUGAACCAACUCGCAAGUUUGCCACUCCUUUGGCAGAGAUGGCAAUAAAGCAGUUCAACGAGAAAGAGAAUGCGACUUUUGAGUUUGUGAGGCUUGUGACUCUAACCUCAAGGGUUGUCGAGGGUGCCCUCUUAUACAUUACCUUUGAAGCAAAGGAUGCUUACGCUCAAAUUAAAACCUUCCAGGCUCAGGUGCACUGCGGAAUAGAUAGAGAUGAGGUGAAAUUUUGCAGGCUGAAACCCCCACCCACCAAUGAGCAAGGUACUGAGCAUGAGCAGGUUGGGCAAGCCCCUACUUGUUGCUGAUCUGUCCUCUGAGCCUGAGGUAACUAAUAAAGU